UGUCAUUCGACGAUUUUUUGAGGAUACGGGAAAUCCAGAUUACACAAGUGAAGCCGGAGACCCAGCGCAUAUCGCCGGCCUGUCAUGACUCAAAACUCCUCUAGUAAGCUUCUAAACGGGGAUGCCUUACAUCGGACGAAACAAGACACGAAAGCGGGCGGGAACGGGUUCGUGAAGAACCACUGCUUGUUCCGGCAAAAGCGAUACCGCCGCCCGGCGGAGAAGAGCCAUCAUGCUUCAUGCACUUCGCUUUAUAAAAAGCCAUUUAUGGAGUCGUUUGAGGAGACCCCGCUGCUCGUUGCCGUCCUUACCUACAUGGGCUAUGGCAUCCUUACCAUUUUUGGCUAUCUGCGAGAUUUCCUGAGGGACUGGAAGUUUGAGAAGUGUCAUCUGGCCAGAGAGAGGGAAGAACAGAAGGCUUUUGUUCCACUGUAUCAGGACUUUGAGAACUUCUACACUAGGAAUCUGUACAUGAGGAUCAGAGACAACUGGAACAGGCCCAUAUGCAGUGUCCCUGGAGCCAAGAUGAACCUCAUGGAGCGGGUCACACCUGACUACAACUGGACCUUUGAACACACAGGGAAUGUUCUGAAAGAUGUUAUUAAUAUGGGCUCAUAUAACUACCUCGGCUUUGCUGAGAAUACCGGCACAUGCGCUGAUACUGCCUCUGAGUGCACAGUGAAAUACGGCGUGGGGAUGAGCAGCACCAGGCAAGAGAUAGGAAAUCUUGACAAGCAUGAGGAGCUGGAGGAGCUGGUGGCCAGGUUUUUAGGGGUUGAAUCAUCCAUGGCCUUUGGAAUGGGUUUUGCUACAAAUUCUAUGAAUAUUCCUGCACUCACAGGAAAAGGCUGUCUGAUCUUAAGUGAUGAGCUCAAUCAUGCAUCUCUGGUUCUGGGUGCUCGUCUCUCUGGCUCUACCAUCCGUGUAUUCAAACACAACAAUAUGCAGAGUCUGGAGAAGUUGCUCCGGGAUGCUAUCGUGCACGGCCAACCUAGAACCCACCGACCCUGGAAGAAGAUCCUCAUCGUUGUUGAAGGAAUUUACAGCAUGGAGGGCUCAAUAGUUCGACUUCCUGAGGUCCUUGCCCUAAAGAAGAAAUACAAAGCUUACCUGUACCUGGAUGAGGCCCACAGUAUCGGGGCACUAGGACCAAGAGGCAGAGGUGUGGUGGACUACUUUGGUCUGGAUCCAUCUGAUGUUGACAUCAUGAUGGGCACUUUCACCAAGAGCUUUGGUGCUGCUGGUGGAUACAUUGGAGGAAAGAAGGAGCUGAUUGAUUACCUCCGCAUACAUUCUCACAGUGCAGUUUAUGCUACCUCAAUGUCCCCACCCAUCACCCAGCAGAUUAUCACUUCUAUGAAGUGCAUUAUGGGAGAGGAUGGCACCACAUUAGGUCAAGAAAGGCUCUGUCAGCUGUCAGAAAACACAACCUACUUUCGCAGGAGAUUACAUGAGAUGGGCUUUAUCAUCUACGGGAACAAUGACUCCCCUGUUGUACCCUUGAUGCUCUACAUGCCAGCUAAAAUCGGAGCAUUUGGGAGAGAGAUGCUGAAGAGGAACAUUGGGACAGUGGUGGUUGGGUUCCCUGCCACACCCAUCAGUGAGUCCCGAGCCCGGUUUUGUGUUUCUGCCGCCCACACGAGAGAGAUGCUUGACACAGCUUUAAAUGCCAUCAGUGAAGUUGGAGAUCUACUCCAGCUGAAAUACUCAAGAAAACACAGGCGUGGGAGUGAAGGAACUGACUGUUUUUCAUUUCUGGAGGGCCACCAGGAUUAGCACUUUCUCAUGAUGGACUGAAUAUGUCUUUCUCCCCCCCAGAGCGUUUCAUGUCUAACUUAAGUGUCAUUUUCACGUUGAUUCAUUUCAGUGGACACGCAUUAAAGUCCACCAACUGACCAAAUUUCAAGUCUUACCUCUGGGUCCGAUAACCAAUAUUCAUUUCAUCGUGCAAUAUCAACUGUUGUAAAGAGUUCAUGUCACUGUGUUCAGCAUCAGAAAUCGCGCAGGAUAAAAGUUAAUGCUUUCCUUCUACACAGUCCGAAGGUAAUGAGAGUACACAAAAUCAUUUCCUGAUAUUUUAAUGCAAAUAUUAUCAGUAUUUUUGUCUUGUUUUCCAUUUAAAAAUCUUAAGUUUAAUUUACUCAGGGUCUUUUCCUACUUCUGCAACUAAUGUUUUUACUAAAAGCAGAAUUCUUACAGAAAUUUAACGCUUUUAAACAGGAAAAAACAUAUGCCAGUGGAGGAUAUUAAACAUAAUCGUAAACGCAUUCAAUUGAUAUUAUAUUAUAUUAUACAGUUUAAUCAAAAUUUAAGGAAAUUUAGAUUUUUAAUAGAAAACAAGAAAGAAAUCCUGAUAAAGAAAAUGUUUAGUUUUGAUUUCAGUGCAAGAAUAACGCAACUCACACGCUGGCAGUAUGCUUGUAAAGCAAGUGUCAUCUUUUAAUGAGAAAUAAGCUUAAAAAUAUAUCAAACAGAGAAAUCUACUUAUGAAGGAGAGAAUUUAUUAUAGUUAAACAGUAAAUAAGAAUGCACUAACUUCAUAUCCAUACAAAUGUAUAACAAUAUUGUCAAAUAUUUAUUAAUGCACAUUGCAGUGUGCCUACAUUUAACUCGUCCCAUACUAGUUUGCCUAGAUCCACAAAUCUUCACAUAUCACAUUUUAAUCUUUCACAAUGCAAAUAUGAUUGUAUGGGUAAAUCAGCAAUGUCUUAAUGAACCUGCGAAGAAGAAUGACAGCAUUUUCCGUAUCGUUUCAUCAGAGCUUUUUGUAUUUCAAUUUUAAUUGGGGUACUUUCCAUGAAUAGGGUACAGUUUGAUUUCAUUUAUCUUUAUUUUUAGCACUAGAGGAACAAAGCCCAUAUUGAGAAAUCUCAAUAUAUAAGAGAAAUCUCAACACAUUAGAAGGACAUUUUUUUUUAGACAAAUUGCCACCCAUGUUAUACAGAGAGAAAUAUUUCCUAUUUUUUGGCUUUUAAUUAGUUUUCAUUUAAUAUUUAUUGCUAGAGAAUAUUUAGUUUGAAAUGUCUUGUUUCAUAAUAAACAUUUUCUAAAGGCUAAAAGCCUUAAACUAGCCGUCUGCUUAAAAUGCUUUUUUUUUUUUUUUAAAAGAGGUUUAAGACAUAAUUUGUGCUCUAUUUGUGGAAGGUGCCUUUAUGUCUUACUUGAAUAUCUGUUACUUGCUGACAGUUUGCAUUACUCGAGACUAAGUAUGAUAUCUACACUUACUAAGUGUAUAGUGUCUUAGCCAGGGCAUUUCACAAAGGAAGAGGUCUUUUACUGAGUCAACAGAAAUAGAGUGACGUUGUUCACUUAAUGUUCAUUUGUUAUAUCUUCUGUUAACAGACAGCAGUGAAAAUGUUUGUUGCUAUUUGUAUUGUUACUAUACAGUUGCUUUUGAUUUGCUCUUUUUAAGUUAAAUCUUUUUUUUUAAUAACUGUGUUUUUCUAACAAAAGUGCUAAAUACGGGUCACUGAUAUAUGAAGAGCUUUUGACUGUAUGAAUGAUGAUGUGGCUUAUGAAUGCCUGUCGGAUAUACUUUUUUUUCCUCCGUUCCCUUUUGUGUUAAGUCUUGUUCUUAAUCGGAAAGGCAGCUUAUGCCAAGAAUAUGUCUCUAAGUGGGACUAUAUGACUUCAGAGCUACUAAUGACUGUUAAGAGAUGCAGAUAUGACGUUGGCACAUUGGCUUUAAGCAGCUUGUAUAAAUGCAAGUAAUGCCACCGAGCUGCAUUUGACUGUGAAACCAAAGGGCAUUCCACAAUUUCUGUUUGUUUUAAAAGUUGCACUUUUCAUCAUAUGUACAAACUAUCACAUUUGUCACACUUCUCCAUGCAAGAAACUGAAAAUUCAUUGAAUGUGACUGAUCAUUUGUUUUUGAAGAUAAUUAAACAAAUUUCCUUGUA